AUGCUUCGAACGUCUAUUCGAAGAGUAGCGACAAUCUCUAAAGAAGCUCAAGUAUUCAAUGCGGCCGAGAACUUGAGUAAGCUUUUGGAAACAGGAGAUCGUUCUUCUUAUAUCCUUGCACAGUACAUUCCUCAACCUGCGAAACAUACAUUUCUUGCUAUCCGAGCAUUCAAUUUAGAGAUCAAUAAGAUCAACGAUGGAGGGAAUAAUGCCAACUCAGUGUCUUCUAAAGCCGCUUCACUGUUAUCGUCAUCCUUGGGGUUCUCCACUGUGGACAUGAAGUUUAAGUUCUGGAGUGAUAUGUUGGGGAGAAUCUUUAGUGAUCCUAAUUCACCAAAGAAUGAUAACUUGGGAGAACCAAUUGCUAUUUUGUUGAGAGAAGGGUUAAGGGACGAUUUGAAUUUGGAUAUUAGUUAUUUCCAUCAGUUUCUCCAAACCAGAAGACAUUUCCUACAAACAAAGCAAUUCCAAAGUGUUGAUGAUAUUUGCUCCUAUGGCGAAGGAACUUAUUCGCAAUUGAAUUACUUGGUCCAAGGGCUUUUGCUCUCACCACUGAUAUCUCCCUCGGUGAUCAACUUAUUGGAAUGUUCACCUAAUUUGCAGAAUCUAAUCACCGAUAUUGCGGCUCAUAUCGGUCAAGCCACGGCCAUUGGUUCAAUGAUAUUAGGGGUACCAUAUUAUUCCAAGCUUAGAAAUCAAAUCACUUUACCCAUUGAGUUGAUGACCCAGUUUGAUAUUUCCCAAGAACAACUUUUACGAUUAACCCAAGGUCAUAUCACUGACAAGCAAGCUCAAAAGCAAAUACAAGAUCAACUUAAAAAUGUGGUUUAUGAAACUGCUACAAAAGCCAAUGAUCACUUGUUAACUGCCAGAAUGAAGUUUGAUAACGUUAGACAAGAAAUCAAUACCAUAAUUAAGGAGAAUCCUAAUGAUCACUUGAUACAAAAACAAUAUAAAAACUGGAAAAAGGGGGUCCCUGAUGUGAUAUUUACUCCCUUUAUGUCUGCAAUCCCAACUACUUUAUAUCUACAAGCACUUGAAAGAAAUGACUUUGAUCUUUUCCAUCCCAAGUUGCAACAGAAGGAAUGGAGACUUCCUUAUUAUUCGUUCAAGGAUUACUACUUUAGGAAGUUUUAA